GGCGGUUUUGUCGUGCGGCCACAUUGUUUGUCACGUCAUGGUCACGUGCAGUGUAGCAGGACUGAUUUGGAAACGUUAUUCGAGUCAGUUCAUACUUCGUGGCAAUCUUUAACAUCUAGCGAGGCACAAGAGUCAAGUCGUAAAUUGUACGACUCCUCUCCAUAUGUUUUGUACAGGAUUUUCUACCAGCCGCACACUUUGGCACUCUCGUAAAUCAGAUUGACUUCAGAGUUCAGACUUGGCACACACUUAGGCCACCACCUGAAGAUGUAUGCCGAAGUUUUCGUCACGAUGACGUAAUCAGGUGUCAAGGUGGUCACAAUGCCAUCAGCGGGUGGCAUAGCGGCACCCAGUAUCAUCCCACUCAGGGUACCACAGCCGGGCAAAACAGCCAGUCAGAUUGACACGAAUACACUCAUAGAAAUCAAAUCAGAAACUGGUGAUGCAAUCAUUUAUCUGACAACAAACGGCAGCCGACCUGAUCCAUACCGUAAGGCAGAUAAGAGUACUAUCAAAUACAAAGGACCAUUCCUUCUUAACGAGGGUAGGAGAACCAUCAAAGCCAUUGCUGUCUCCAGCGACAGACGGAGUGAGAGCCAUGUAGUCAGCAAGAUGUUCAGUGUUGCCUAUGCCGAUCCUGAACCCGAACCUUAUGAAGAUGAUGAUGCUAGCUUUAUCAUGGACUCUAGGCCCAGGAGUGCACUCAGGAGGUCACAUCAGUUCAGUGACAUCGAUGAUGUCAUUGAUGUCACAAGAUCAACCAACAACAUAACCCUGUCCAAGUCAUACCAAGGGAUGGGCAACUCAGGCGUGACGAUGCCAUACAAUGCAUGGGGCUCCACCGCUCCACCUCAGACUCUGGCGACCUUACAGAAAAAUCCUGAUUACAUGUUUCACUAUCACAUGCAUCAGCAAACCAGCCCAAGGCAAAGCCAAGCACCUGUGCAGUACCGCCAGCCCCCUCCACCCCAGCCCCCACCACAGACUGUCCAACCGCCGGUCAUUGUAGAUCCCUAUGCCAGUAGCUGGCGCCCCGUCAGCAUUCCCCUACCGGCGGUCCUCAACCAGGAGAUAGGAACGCAGACCGUGGGUCUGUUCUACCCGACCCACGAGCAGCUGGGCAGGAGAGAACGUGACGUGGAGGAGGUGCGGAUGAUGAGAGAGUCGUCGACGUCAAUGUCGGCGUCGGCUAAGACUGAGAAGCCUAACUUGAUGGAGACCAGCCCAGGCAAGGGGUACUGGAAGAAGCAGCUCGCCCACGUCGUGGCUCACCUGGAAGCCUUCACUCAGCGAGAGGCCGAGUUCAGAGCGGACGUGGGCAAACCAAAGAUGGGAAAGAUUACAUCUGCGAGUGUUGAAGACGACGGUGUGGAUGUGACUAUCACUAUCAGCUUGGAGUCACAAACUGAUACGCCUGCAGUCAGACCGAAUCGGGCAUCCAUGGCCAGAAAGGAAGCAUUACUGGCCAAGUCUCUUGCAAAGGACAGUGAAUCUGAUUCUCCGUACGGCAAAUCAAAGAAGAAAUCUAUGACCAAGAAACUUGCUGCCAAGAAGAAAGCUGCAGAAGAAGAGAGGCUUUCAGAAGAGGAUCGUCAUUUAUUCAAGGAACUCAGCCCCAAGGGAGAAGGGGACCCAGACAACGUGCAAGACCUCCUGGACGACGGGGCAGACCCAAACUCUGAAAACAAGGAUGGCGUGCCUGCCCUGGUGGUCGCUACCAUCAACAACCACGCAGAGUGUUUGCCUGUACUGAUAGAUGCCGGGGCUAAAGUCAACGCUAAAGUCUCUAGCAGGAAGGGCAACACAGCUCUCCAUGAGGCCGUCCUCCUAGGACCCGACGGCCAAGAAGCCAUCGAAGCCCUCCUGGAAGGCGGAGCCAACGCCAAAGCCAAGAACGCGAAAGGCGAGACGCCCUACGACCUCGCCAUCAAGAACGGCUACAACAGCAUCGCGGCUCUGUUUGCCUCCAGUAUGGGCCAGGACAUGCUGGAUAAGAUGUCCGACACUAAGAAGAAGGACAAGGGCAGCAAGGCGAAGGCCAAGAAGAAAGCCAAGGAAGAAGAAGAGGACAGUGAGGAGGAAUUUGUUGUCAAGAAGAGGAAGGCGUACAGGGAGAAACUGCCACAGGAUAAAGGUUCAGUGGUGGCAGCAUCACCAUUUGAUGCACAGUCAGAUUCUGAGAAGCUUCGCAAAGCCAUGAAAGGACUGGGUACCGAUGAGAAAGCAAUAAUUGAGGUAGUGACGCACCGCUCGAGCUCUCAGCGACAGAAGAUUUCCAAACAGUUCAAGCAGAUGUUUGGAAAGGAUUUGAUGAAGGAAUUCAAGGGAGAGUUGGGGGGCAAACUUUUGGAUGUUGUCAACGGAUUGAUGAUGACUCCAGAGAAAUUUGAUGCCUACCAACUUCACAAGGCUAUUAAGGGUCUAGGCACAGACGAGGCAGUACUGAUUGAGAUCCUGUGCACACGAAGCAAUGCGUCCAUCGACGCCAUCAAAUCUGCCUACGAAACAGCUUACAACAAAAAUCUGGAGGAGGACGUUGCUGAUGACACCUCAGGGAACUUCCAACGUCUCCUGGUGUCUGUCCUCCAAGGAGCUCGGCCUGAAGGGGAUGAAGUCGACCCUGACAAGGCACAGGCUGAUGCUAUGGCCCUCUACAAAGCUGGGGAGGACAAGUGGGGAACUGACGAGUCGCGAUUCAAUGCCAUCAUGAUGUCGCGUAGUUAUGCGCAGCUACGUGCAACGUUUGAAGAGUACGGCAAGAUCUCGAAGAAUGACAUUGAGCAGGCAAUCAAGAAGGAAAUGAGCGGUGACCUGAAGGAAGGAAUGCUGACUGUAGUGAGGUGUGUGCGUAACAAACACAAGUUCUUUGCUGACAAACUUUACAAAUCUAUGAAGGGUCUUGGUACCGACGAUGACACACUGAUGAGGAUCUUGAUUUCUCGCUGUGAGGUCGACAUGCAGAACAUCAAAGCAGAGUUCCAGAAGGCCUACAACCAGACACUUGGAAAAUUCAUUGCGGGUGACACCUCGGGAGACUACAAAAGGAUCGUGGUUGCUUUGGUUGGAGGAGAAAGCUAAAUGUAGUUCCUUUAAGGUAAAGCAAUAACUAAUCAUGAGGCAACAAGCCCAGGCUACAAAUUCAGGGGUGAUUUGACUUUCAUGGACAAGGCAAAAAAAAGUUGAGUUGGUUUAGAUAAAGUUGUUCUCCCUGUGCUUUUCAACCAAUUUGACUAUUUUCUCUUGAUGAAAUUUCUGUUUGUAUGAUUUAGUAAAAAAAAAAAAAACCUAUUUUUUUGUAUUUUUUUUUUCUAAUAGGGCUUUUACAUUUUAAGUUGCUUUUGUGCUUCAAAUUCACAAAAAGAUCUGCCUGAAUUUAUGUCAGGCCACAUAAUUUGAAAUUUGGAAAUGUAUUUAUCCUCAACUAA